CCGGCGCGAUCGACGAGACGCCUCUUCCGCCCGCCCUUCCAAGAUCCUCCACCUACGGUUACCUCCUUGCCGACCUCCACCACCGGAACAGCCUGUCAAACUUCCUGGGAAUCUGCUCAUUGUCGUGUUCAGGUUCAGUUCCGGGAGGGAAUAUUGAAUUUGACGUGGUCUCUGUACCUAGAAAUCUCCUCUGAAGAGGAAUCCUGUGCCACAAUAUAUGGAUCUAAUUGGGGUUUCUUCUCCAGAAGCUUAUAGUUUGCUAUUGUUUGUUGUCGAAGCUCAUUACUUCUAAAUGACAGUUGCGUGAUUGCCCGAGAAAGACGCCAUGUUUUGGUAUCUGCUAUAAGCAUGUUGAUCCAGCAGAAACAACUGUUGACAGAGAUAUAAGUGGGGUCAAAGUUGGAUCAUGGAUGAAUACUCAUGUCCAUGCAGAUCAUGUCGCAAUAACAGGCUUGAUAUAAAAGAAACUUGGAAUAUGCUUAUACACAAUACAUCAUGCAUUUGGUGCAGUAGCUGAUCACAUGAUUGAACAUGGUUUUGAAACAUACUCUGGGGUUCUUCUUCUGAAGCAUGAAGAAGAUUCCAUGCGUAGAAGUGAGAGGAAAGGGAGGAAAACUCUAUGGGAAGGAAGAAGUGAGCUCAUCCUGGACCGAAGAGCAGAACAAGAUGUUUGAGGAUGCCCUUGCGAAGUAUGACAAGGACACACCGGAUCGCUGGAACAAAGUUGCUCGAGCUGUGAGGGGGAAGACUGUUGAGGAAGUGAAGCGCCACUAUGAGCUGCUUGUCGAGGACAUCGGGCGCAUCGAGAACGGUCACAUGCCCUAUGGGAAGUAUCUCUCGACUAGCCGCAGGGCAGGUUGAAGUAUUUGAGUCAUGGAGGCAAUAAGGAAUGCAUUACUCUCUCCUUGCAGAUCCACUUCAAGAAACAGAUAUAUUAUGAUUAGCAUAUCACUUAUCUUUUAUAAUCCUCACUUCUCUUCAUCUUCCAUUGUACCUUCCCUUGUCCUUCAUUGGCCCAUCAACUGUAGUCUCAUAUGUGUAUAUAGGAUUGAUAUAUUGUAGCUUGCUGCCUAGUCUUGUUCCUGGUGUGUCUAUUUCUUCAUGAAGUUAAAUAUAAUUCUGUUUGGUAAUAUCUGUAA